AAGACGAAAUGCAGAACACACCAGUUUCGCUCUAGGUUAACGUACAUCAGCUCGGUGUUCAGAACAAUGCGCAACACCGUCGUUCUUUGUUUCAUGCUGUCCGUCAUCGGACAGUGCUCAUGCGUGGAAUCAACAACAAACAAUCAUCCGAUUAUAGGUGUACUUGCGCAGGAGAAAGUAUUGGAGAGUGAUCCGCAGUUAAACACUCAUGUUAGCUACAUUGCAGCUUCCUACGUGAAAUUCCUGGAAGGCGCUGGGGCUAGGAUUGUUCCAAUCAUGAUCAACAAAACGGACAAAUAUUACGAAAAUAUAACCAAUCAUGUGAACGGAGUUUUACUUCCUGGCGGAGAUGCACAAUUUGACGCACCCGGUGGAUAUUCAGAAGCUGGUCGAAAGCUGUUUGAUCACGCAAUGAAGAUGAACCAAGCUGGCGACUACUUCCCUGUGCUGGGAAUCUGCCUCGGGUUUGAGCUGCUUACUUUCUUGGCCGCCAACAACGUGGAACAUCGCGCCAGAUGUUUCAGCUACAACGAAGCUCUGCCCUUACAGUUUACAGGAAGUUUCUUCACAAGUAAAUUGUUCGGAAAUGCACCUAGCAGUACAAUAGGAAUAUUGGGAAAGGAAAACGUGACCGCCAAUUUCCAUCGAUAUUGUCUAACAGAGAAGAACAUCACUGAACUGCAUCUCGAUGAAGAAUGGCAAUUUAUGACAACGAACAAGGAUUCGGACGGCUUGAAGUUCAUAUCCUCGUUGGAGCACAAAAAUUACCCACUGUACGGACUGCAGUUUCACCCUGAGAAGAAUAUUUACGAGUGGAAGAAGGGUAAAGUUCACCCUCACUCGGCAAACGCCAUACGAGUCUCGCAGUAUUUCGCAAAUUUCUUCGUAAACGAGGCCAGAAAGAACGCCCACAAGUUCCCGAUCGAGCCUGAAGAAAGAAUACAUCUUAUCUACAACUACCCUGCGAAAUAUACUAUAGAUCGUACAGUUUUUGAACAAUGCUACGAAUUCGAAAUAUAAUUGAUACGUCUUUUCACGUAGUUCUAUAAUGUCAAAUGUUAAGACGUAUUACACAUAAAAGUAAUCACAUGUCAUAUUAUGAAACCAAAGUCUAGACUAUGUACUCUUCGUCUCAGAUCCGGCACGAACGAUAAGCGAAAUUUUCACGAUAAAAUACGUUAUAUUGAAUAAAUUUACAUCUUAUUUGA